AAUUUUGUUUACGUGCUCAGCUAGCUGUGCUGUGAGCAUAUGGGGACCCGGAAGGGAUUUCGCAAUCAGCUGGACGGAAAAAACGGGGGAUGCUAUACCUAUUAAAUAUUCGUGAUUUCUCUUAGCCUGAUAUGAUCACUUGUAUGUUCCCUUAACCAUUUGAUUUUUAUUAUAUCCCCAAAAAUUACUUACAAACGUACUAAACGUACUAUCAAACGUUUAUGAAAAGUACUUGACACUUAUGUGAUCAAUUUGUAACGACAUUAAAAUUUUGAUAUCAUGAUAAUUACUCCAAACUAGAUCAACUUCUUUUCUAGUGAUGGAUCCAUUAACGGACGAGUGGGAAGGUUGUCAACAUGGUGCGCAUCGGGUUGCAGAUUAAAGCAAACUUGGAGAACGUGACCAAUCUCGGUCCUGAUGGAGAUGAUUUCCGCUGGUACAUGAAAAUGAAAUGUAGCAGCUGUAAUGAAAUAACAAGAAACUGGCAAUAUGUCACCCUGACAGAAAGCUCACCACUCAAGGGAGGUAGAGGUCAAGCUAGUAUGGUGUCAAAAUGCAAGCUCUGCAGCAGAGAAAACUCUAUAGAUAUCUUAAAGGAUUUCAUCAAGCCGUACUUGAUUGAUAAGAAUAAUCAGUUUCAGACAGUGGUAGCAUUUGACUGCAGAGGAAUGGAACCAGUGGAGUACUCUUUCAGGGCUGGAUUCAAGGCCGAUGCUGCCGAAUCUUCGUCCAAGUUUACAGACAUUGACUUGCAAGAAGAGGAAUGGGCAGAUUAUGAUGAAAAGGCCAGCGAGACAGUAGGAAUUUAUGAAUUGGAGAGCAAGUUUAUGAAAGUAUGAUGAUUGCUGUAUCUGGUGUGUCAUUCAAUGAGAAACAGACAAUUAUAAUAUGGCUUUUAAAGCCCAGACUUUUAUGGAGGAUAGAGACACCAUUGAUCUAUGUACUACUGAAUGAUGCUGGAUGGUGAUAUUGAUUUGGAUUGAGUGUUUAUGCCUGUAUAAGGUUGGAGUGCAGGCACAAGUUCUUCCUAGUCUGCAUUCACAGACAUUUGUUUGCAUAAUUCGCAAAGUGCAUGAUGCAGAGUCUGAAGUAGUGAGACUAGAUUCACUAUGUAUCGUGGCUGCCUUGACACAGACAAAGAGUGUAGAGUCUAGUCUUUACUCUAGACAUGGUAUAUAAUUGGUUAAAGUGUCAAAUUUGAGUCUGGGCUUGCAGACUAAGUUCUUCCACCCCUUGCAAGCUCUUUCUUGAGCAUGAAGCAGGAUCAUUGGCUGAGAUUCUUGAUAUUUAUCGUCACAAGAUGAUCUCUUCCCAUCUACAGGCUGCUGCAUGAAAUAAAAAAAUUGCAGGGUAUAUAUAUCCCAUCUACAUGUACACCCCCUCCCCAUUGCUGCUGUCUAUGAAGUAGGAUACUAUUUUCAAAUCUCUCUAUUAAAAAUAAUAAUAACAAUAUUUGACUUUAUUUUCUAAAUUCCCUUCUUUCUGUAGGUUUUGUAAAUUAUUUGUUAUAUCUCUAAUUUAAUGGAUUAUUAGAUCUGUAAAUGCAACAAGUGCAAAUAAGAUACUUCAUUUCACAUGGUUAGGGGUUAGUGAAAGAGUGUUUUGGUUGUGUGAACGUAUGUCCUUAGUGUCACAUGUUCUCAGUGACAUCAAGGGCCUUUGUUUACACAACCAAUGCCUUAAUAUUUAUGCCAUAAAAUGUUAUUAAGUUAUGUAGAGAACAAAUGUCACACCCAGUGCCUUGUAAAUAGGUUCCAUCGGCGACAAUUACAUGUACUCCGAUGGAAAAUUUGCAUGUUGAGCCGAACAAAGCCUAAACCCCAAAACUAAAUUAACCCUAAUCCUAAUCCAGGGGCAGAUCAAGGAUUUUCCAAAAGGGGGGGGCACAUUAUUCCAAGGAAAAAUUGCAAGAAAAAGUCUUCACUUUAAAAAAAGGGGGGGGGGGGGCACACUUCUGUUUCAAUGGCAUUUUUACAUUACAAAUUUUAAUUUUGCAUCUCAAAAGGGGGGGGCACAGGCCGGCUGUGCCCCCCCUGGAUCCACCGGUGUCCUAAUCUUAACAUCAUUCUGAACCAAGAACACAAUUGUAAUCCUAACUCGAAUCCUCUGCCGUCUGAGAUAUUAAGACCGGAGCAAAUGUUGAAGGAGCAUAUGUUGUGUCACCCGUAAUAAUGCAAAGCUGCAUGCAUUUGUUCAUAAAAUUACUGCUCAGAACGACCCUCACUAGAUUUCUAUGUGUUUGCAUUGUGGGAAUAAUGGAUUUUUUCACAUUGGCAAGUAGCUUUCAAAUCUAUAGAGUACUUAAGCGAUGACGUCAGUUGCCAUGUCAUGGUGGCCUGGUUCUGAACAAAUUAACCUGGAGCAUGUUUCUCUCCGAAUGAUGGUAAUUUGUGCAAAUACAAAUGUGUAUAGACGAUCAUCAGCUGCAACUCUGUUAAGAACCAGCUGGUUCAUUGUCAUGACACUUCAGUACUCUAUAGACUUGAUUUGUAAACUGGUUGAGUAGUAGUGAGAUACAUGUACGUGCAAAUUAUUAUCUCCUCCCUUUUCCGAAAGGGCGUCCAAAUUGCCAUUUGUAUGGAUGCCCCCACCUCCACUAUCUCUUGCCCCCACUUGUAACUUCUUUGCCACCCCCCCCCCCCAUCCUGCAUGGGAUAUGUAUUUUUUUGUCUAUAGGAUAUUGUAAUUGGCCCCUUGUUGAUUAUUGUCAUGUGAAGUUUAUGUUUGAGGGUACUGAAAAUACUUGAAUAAAAUGUGAUAAUCAUACACAAAUAGAUAUCAAAGAUUGACAAUGUCUGUUGCAGUAUUUACAAAUAUAUUAAUGUAAAGAGUGGUGCUACUGUAUGGAUUUCUAAAUCAAUUGGCAAUUAUCAGCACAAAGAAUGGAAUACAUGUACAGGUAUAAUGGAAAUUCAGUGAAAGGAAGUUUUGGAACCAGGCAUCAAAAUAACUUUAUUACGGGCUAGAGUGGAAAUCUCGAGCUAGAUUUCCAAAUUAGAAUUUUUUUUUUUUUUUUUAAAUCAUUACCACAACCGACAUUUAUCUCAAAUAGUAAUGGAAUCUUAGAUGUUGGAAAUUCCACUUCUACAUUUAUUUAUAUGAUAAAACAAGAACGAAAUAAAACAAGUAAACAACCA